CACACACUUCAUGAGCAAGACUGUGGUUCUCUCCGGCAGCAGAGCAGAGUAGCGGGGGCAGUCGUCGCAGAAAAGGAAAAGCAGCACUGAGGUGUCAGCACAGCCAUAGAAGAUGGUGUUGGAACCAAAGUUAAGCCAUGGACCACAGCCAAUCAGCCACGCAGACAGAAAGCUGUUCAACCGCCAUCACAGUCAUUUCAACAGCAAAGCACAGUGUUGAUUUGCAAUUCUCAGCAGCAGCAUUUGUCAAGAGACAUGUUGUUCAACCAACGUAUGGCAAGACUUUUUGGUGAAUGUUGUGCAUGGGAAUGCUGGUGUGGUCAAGUCACUGGAGAGUUGAAAGCUAUGGUUAGUAGGGUUCAGGCCCAGUAAGAACAGUCAGGUAAAUUAGCAGCUAAGACACAGAGAGAGAGAGAGCACAUAGAGACAGAGGGAGCACAUGUGACCAAAAUCUUAAGUCACAUUCAACCACUGAAAUAAGACUGUAUGCACAUUAAUAAAUGGGAGCACCCACACACUCUGUUCAAACAUAUUUAAUAUUUAACAUUAUAUGUGAGCCUAAGGCUUAUAAUGUUAAUGUCUUCUUUGCAAAAAGUGUGACCUCUCAUCUAGUGUGGUUUAAAUCUGAAAAGAAAACGUAACGGUUCACAUAAAGCUCCAGCAAUGAUGUCAUCAGAUGAUGUCUCCAGUAAAGCACCAGCAAUAAUGUUGUCAAACGUGAUGCUGGGUAUCCUCCUGUCCCUCCUCAUCCUUCUGACUGUCGGUGGUAAUGUGCUGGUGUGCCUGGCUGUCUGCGCUUCUCGACGCCUCCGCUGCCUCACAAACUGUUUCAUUGUGUCGCUGGCCGUGACAGACUUGCUGCUCGGUGUCAUGGUGCUGCCUUUCUCCGCUCUGCUCCAGCUCAGCAACGAGUGGCCACUUGGCCCGGUAUUCUGCAACUUCUACAUCUCCAUGGAUGUCAUGCUGUGCACUGCCUCCAUCCUCACCCUCCUGGCCAUCAGCGUGGACCGCUACAUGGCAGUGACCAUGCCUCUAAGAUACGCCUCACUGGUGUUGCCAUGGAGAGUUGCUGUGGCCAUGGCCAGUGUUUGGACAGUGUCUGUGGCUGUGUCGUUCUUGCCCAUCCAAAUGGGGUGGAACACUGUUAAUGGGACUGUGCAGAACCACGGGCCUUGGGCUCCAGAGAGGAGAUGUCGUUUUGAGCUGAACAGACCGUACGUACUGACAGACUCUCUUCUCACUUUCUACCUGCCUCUGGUGGCUAUGUGCUGGACCUACCUCCGAAUACUUCGCAUUGCACGGGCACAGGCCAAACGCAUUAUCGGUGCCCGACCCACUUGCAUCACUACCUACAACUGCAGGAACAAUCCUUCCACCAGCACCACUGUGGUUUCCAGUGUUACAGCAGUGGCGUUGAGGGAGCACAAAGCCACAGUGACAUUGGCAGCAGUGAUAGGGGCUUUUGUGGUGUGCUGGUUGCCAUAUUUCAUCCUGUUCACAGUGUUGGGCCUAAAGGAGCAUCCAGACCCUAGCAAGGUGCCAGAAUUUCCCGUUGUGUUGUGGCUGGGUUACACCAACUCAGCCCUCAACCCUAUCCUCUAUGGAGCCCUCAAUAGGGACUUCAGGUCAGCCUACGCCCAUCUACUGAGAUGUCGAUUGCCAAGUUAUAGUGGGUGGAUGAGCCGACAGCCUUCUCCCACUGUAACAGCAGCCAGAGACCAGCUUACCGAGGUGACACUGCUGUGUGCCCACACCCCUGCCACCUGCAGGGCAGGUCUAACAGAUCAAAACUUCAUGCUUCAAGAAAGGAGCAGCGGUACAGCCACAGCAAAUAUCCAAUUUGCAAAUGGCACUGCUGCCCCAGACAUCAAUGGCAAUGAAAGGUCGUGCUGAGCCUGUGCUGAUGAGGUGGAUGGAUGCUGUGUUCACUAUACUGUGGUUGCAACUAAGAACCAGAAUCCAUCAGCCUAAGAAGAGCAGCAGACAAAAAGGCCUGCAGAGAUGUACAGCCCCUUUAUUUGGAGGCCUUCAGUGCCACAGUAGAAGUACCUAUAAUACACCAUCAACCACUCAAACCAUACUUUAACAAAGUAAAAUGGGAGAAAAUGGGACCUCAGUAACUCCACAACUCAUCAGCAAGAACCAACUGUACGCACACAGCCGGCCUCUAUCCGUCCAGGACCGAAUAUAUGACGAGGCUUCUACAUAGAUGGAGCUAAAAGUCUAGUUGUCUUACAAAAUCCUUCCACUGCAUCCAACCAUCACACAGGACCCUGAUAUGCUCUUGAACUAACUGUGAAUAGUAUAGAAGCUCUGGAAGAGUAAAUGAGACCAGCAGAUUAACUCUGUUCGUUAUCAAUUUUGCGUACUACAUUUUUUAUGCUGACUCAAGAGUGCACUCCAGUGGAAACUCAAAGUAUCACAACUUCAACUGAACAAAAUAAAUUGAAAUGGAUGUUUCACAAAAUCAGGGAACUAAAGGGGGAAUGUGAUAAAUGGACUUUUAUUACACUUCUCACUUCAUGUAGAAUGCAUUGAAAUGUGUAGCAUGCAAACUAAUGUUAUGUGUCUAUUUGUAAGAAUGCAGCUGCCUCCAAACUGUGUCUUUAAUGUAUCUCAUUCAGUGGCAUAAAGCUGAAAAUUGUAUGCAUGUAUCAUACUGUAUGUAUUGUAUCAUACUGUAAAACUUACUGAGGAGUGAAAAGAAUUACAUGUGCUGUUCCUCCACAAUAGAAAAUUACAACCAUACUGUAUCAAUAAAGAGCAGCUUAAAUAAAGAAUAUAAUAUACUGUA